AUGUUCCGGCAGAUUUGGGUCCACCCAGAUGACCGCAAAUUCCAGCAAAUUCUUUGGCGUGGCAGUCCAUCGGAACCGAUCCGCACGUACCAACUAAAAACCGUCACCUACGGUCUUGCAAGCUCACCAUUCCAUGCUGCUCGUGUUUUGAAUCAGCUAGCCGACGACGAAGGACAACGAUUCCCGCUGGCCGUGCCAGUGGUAUUGAAAGGCACCUACGUAGACGACGUGAUUACUGGAGAUGACGACCAUGAUAAAAUGGCUGAGACUUGCAAGCAGUUGAGCGAAAUGAUGAAGUGCGGUGGCUUCGUGCUUCGAAAGUGGGCUUCGAACUACAAAACAGUUCUGCGUCAUGUUCCAGAAGAACUGUGGGAGACAUCGGCAGAGCUAGAGCUCGAUCGUUCGCAAGCCGUCAAAACCUUGGGGUUGUUGUGGUGCCCCCAGCGGGACGUAUUCAAGUUCAAGGUCCCUGCGCUACCAGAUUUGCCUGCCGUGACAACGCGGAUUGUCGUCUCCGAGAUGUCCCAACUGUUCGACCCACUCGGACUUCUUGGACCCGUGGUCGUGAACGCAAAGAUGUUCAUCCAAACUCUCUGGGCAGCAGACCUGUCGUGGGAUUCUGAGCUUGGAGAAGAUUCAGCAGCAUGGUGGAGAAAGUACCGUGCUGACAUCGAACGGCUUCACCAUCUGGAAGUUCCGAGAAGAGUUCUCUGGAACACUCAAAGCCAAUACUUCAUCCACUGCUUCUGCGACGCCUCGCAGAAGGGUUACGGAUGCUGCGUCUACAUCGUCUCAUCGGACGAGCUUGGGCAGCUCCACUCGCAUCUCCUAACAUCGAAGUCUCGUGUUGCACCACUUCGUGGACAGUCGAUUCCACGGCUGGAGCUCUGCGCAGCACUCCUCGGGAGUCAGUUGGUGCACAACCUACUGACAAACACCAACUUGUCUGCACCAGUCACGUUUUGGACCGACUCAGCCGUCGCACUUCACUGGAUCAAAUCCAGAUCGAAUACCUGGAAAGUUUUCGUAUCCAAUCGGGUCGCAGAGAUCCAACGCCUGACGAAAGAUGCACCAUGGAUGCAUGUACCGACCGAUCUAAACCCUGCCGACCAUAUCUCCCGAGGAAUGCUUCCAAGCCAGAUCCUACACGACAAGCUGUGGUGGCAUGGUCCAGCGUUCCUUACCUCCCCCGUCGACCAGUGGCCGGAGUGUGCGGUUUCGAUGCCGACCAAGUCGGAAAUUGAAGAAGAAAUGCGUCCAUUGGUAUCCCUCCCGCUGGUAGACGAAAACGUUAACAUUUUCAGCGAGUUUUCCGAGUUAGCCAAGCUAACGCGAUUCGUUGCGUACUGCUACCGUUUCCGAAACAACUGCAAAGUUCCAAAGAACCAACGCAUUCUGUCCUCGCUGUCGCCGGAAGAAGUAGACUUUGCGCUGAAGUCGAUGGUACGCCUUGCCCAGAGCCAGGAAUUCCCAACGGAAGUUCGCCUGUACCACCGUAAAAAGACGGACAAGGCCGUCAGCAUAUCAUCGAAAUCGCCACUCAAGAAUCUGAACCUUUUUUUGGACGAGUUCGGACUUCUUCGGAUUGACGGACGGUUGAAGAAUCUCAACGCUCCGUUCGAUACCCGUCAUCCGAUCCUGUUGCCAGGCAACCACCAACUGAGCUGGAUGAUCGCCAGGUCCGUUCAUCUGCAGACGCUUCACGGUGGCCCGUCGCUACUGCUCGCCACAAUGCGUCAACGUUUCUGGCCACUUCGGGGGAGGGAUUUGGCUCGUAAGGUCGUUCGCCAAUGCGUUACGUGCUUCCGAUGCAACCCAACACCUGCAAGUCAGAUCAUGGCACCUCUACCAUCAGUUCGCCUCAGACCUGCCCGAGCCUUCGCGUAUUCCGGGAUGGAUUACUGUGGGCCGUUUUUCGUUCGUCCGCUGAUUGGGAGAGGUGCGUCGGUUAAAGUCUACGUCGCGUUAUUCGUAUGCUUGGUGGUGAAGGCCGUACACCUUGAAGUCGUGCCGGAUCUGUCGUCCGUCGCGUGCAUCGCCGCCGUCAAGCGCUUUGUUGCCCGUCGCGGUCGCGUCCUCGAGUUGCAUUGCGACAACGCGACUACUUUCGUCGGGGCCGAUCGCGAGCUGCGGAAUCUGCGCAAGGAGUUCCAGCAGCAAUUCCAAUCCCAGGAAUGGGCCAACUACUGCUCCGGAAAUGGGAUCACUUUCCGUUUCAUACCUGCUCGUUCUCCACACUUCGGAGGCAUAUGGGAAGCCGGAGUAAAAUCAUUUAAGUACCACUUUCGUCGGAUUAUGGGACAGAAGGCUUUUUCCAUGGACCAGCUCCUAACCGUCGUGGCACAGAUCGAAUCUGUCCUAAACUCCCGUCCCCUCGUUCCCAUUUCCGAUUCCCCCGACGACCUUUCCGCCAUAACUCCAGGACACUUCCUGAUUGGAGAGCCUCUCGUCUCCAUUCCCGAACCCGAUCUACUUCAGCUGUCGCCUAAUCGCGUCACCCGUUUGCAGGACAUGCAACGCUCGGUCCAGGAUCUGUGGCGCUGCUGGUCACGGGACUACAUCAGCCAGCUACAUCAACGAAGCAAGUGGAGGCGGCCAUCCGUAGACGUCCGGAAGGGGCAGCUAGUACUGCUGAAGGAAGACAACUACCCCCCGCUGCAGUGGCCACUCGGACGCAUCGUCGAGACCAUCACCGGUUCGGACGGGCGGGUUCGUGUUGUCGUAGUGAGAACGGCGGCAGGCGACUACAAGCGAGCCAUCACAAAGGUCGCGGUGCUCCCCAUCGAUUCCGGAGACGAGGACACGUCGCAAACACCGUCUACAAGCAUGUUGGAUGGUUGA